GAGAUCUGACAACACUCCGUGUGAACCAAGCAGGACGAAGAAAAACAAAAUGGCGUUUGAUAGAAAAUACGUUCUUAUGGUUGUUAAAGUGUUUUGUUUUUUUUUCAUAAUCAGCACGUACGUGUACACAUAUGCGCCUUUAAUGGCGUAAACAUCGUUAAAAAUUGUUUGGGUCUGGAUACAUUAGUUUAAGCGCACUUUGUUGCUUCCCGUACUAGCUUAGCUUGGUAGUUAGCUUAGCUAGUUAGCUGCUAACUAAGAGACGCGGUUUUAUCAAAACAUCGCUAAGCAGAGAUCAAGUGUGAGUGUAAAGUGUUGUGAUUGUUUGAAAGAUGUGCGAAAGAUCGACGGCAGAGUACGAGGAGGAACUUUCUCCAACAAAAGAGGCCGAGCGACAACAUCAACUACUGGACGCUGUUUUCAAGAGACAUCAAGUGGUGUUACACAGAGCAGAUGUCCAGCAGCGCCCCCACAUUAAAGAGGAAGAGGAGGAGCCACAGUACCCCCACAUUAAAGAGGAAGAGGAAGAAGUGUGGAUCACUCUGGAUGGAGAUUGUCUUCCAGGGCAGGAGGAGGCUGAUCUCGCCAAAUGUCCACUGACUGUUGUCUCUGUGAAGACUGAAAACCAUGAAGACAGACCACCUGAGUCCUCACACCUUCAGCACAGUCCAAUGAGAACUGGGAUGCGCCUGGGAGUUCUGGCAUGGAGGCCUUCAUCUCGUAGUGCGUGCCUUAUUGUCUGGGACGAAACCUGCGUUCCCCCCUCUACAAUGUCCUGUUGUAGUUCCUCAGCUGUUUCACCACUGUACGCUUCAAAUACCGGACAGCAGUUGCACACAGCAUCCUCUUUCGACCACGCCCAGACGUCUGUGAAAAACAUCUCCCUGAGCAGCAAGAAUGGAGCUUCAGGAUGAAACAGGAGGAGCCACAGCCCUUCCACAAUAAAGAGGAAGAUGAUGCGCCACAGUCCUUGCACAUUAAAGAGGAAGAAGAGAACCCACUGACCCCCCACUUUAAAGAAGAAGAGGAGGAACGCAGCAUCAGUCAAGAGUCCCCAGUAAUUAGUGUGAUUGUGAAGAGUGAAGUUGAUGAGGUCAAAGGUGAAAGUGAGGAGAAGAGAGAGGUGGAGCCUCCGAGCAGCAGCUCAACUCAACACAUGACAACAGAAGCUGAUGGAGACCAAUGUGGAGGAUCACAAGCAGACAAGAUCUUAGCUCCACUAUCAGAUAGUGACGACACGUUUCACUCUCCUGACAUUGAUGAUGAAGACUCUAAAGAUAAGACAUGUCACACUGACAACACACGCUUUAAAUGUUCUCACUGUGACAAAACUUUUAGAUUCCGUUGUACUCUAAUAACACACGUGCGAAAACACACUGGAGAAAAACCAUUCUUGUGCUCAAUUUGCAAUAGAAGAUUCUCUACAAAGUACACUUUGGAAAAACACACGUUGAUACACACUGGAGAAAAACCUUUUAUCUGUUCAGUAUGUUGUAAAGGUUAUAGACAAAGACAUGAUUGGAAAGUCCACAUGAGAACACACACUGAAGAGAAAGUGUUUAGUUGUAGUGUGUGUGGUGAAAGAUUCUCUUCCAAGUACCAGUGCAAGAAACACAGGUGUGCUGGUGAGAACAGCAGUAGUUGGGGGGGCAACAUGGCUCAGAUGGUAGUGUGGCCGUGUCAGCCAACCCAGGGUUGCUGGUUCGUAACAAGCGUUCAUCAUCCGAGUCAGGGCUGGAGUGUGCUUGUUCCCAGUACCCCAACUUUGUGCGCAACCACUGGGUCCCUAAUGCUCUCAGUUGCAGAUGAACCAAAAAGCUCCAAUCCAUGAGGAGGACCUGAUGUUCAAUUUGCUAUACAGCAAAUGCUUUUGUUCAAGACUUUUUCUGUGACAUUCUAACAUCAGCAGCAUAUAUAACGUGUGUGACAUCAUUGUUGUGUGUGUAACACAAUCUUAUUAUACUUUUAUAGAUUACAAAACCCAAAACCAGUGAAGUAGGCCCGUUGUGUAAUUCGUAAAUAAAAACAAAAUUCAAUAUUUCGCAAGUCCUUUUCAACUUAUAUCCAAUUGAAUAGACUGCAAAGACAAGAUAUUUAAUGUUUGAACUAAAACACUUAAUUUAUUUUGCAAAUAAUCAUUAAAUUAGAAUUUAAUGGCAGCAACAUAUUGCAAAAAAAUUGGCACAGUGGCAUUUUUUACCACUGUGUUACGUGACCUUUUAACAACACUCAGUAAACGUUUGGGAACUGAGGAGACCAAUUUUUGAAGCUCUUGGUGAAAUUAUUUCCCAUUGUUGCUUGAUGUACAGUUUAAAUUGUUCAACAGUCCGGGGUCUUCAGUGUCGUAUUUUACGCUUCAUAAAGCGACACAGGUCUUGACUAAAGGCAGGCCAGUCUAGUACCUGCACUCUUUUACUAUGAAGCCAUGCUGUUGUAACACGUGUCCUGGCAUUGUCUUGCUGAUAUAAGCAGGGGUGUCCAUGAUAAUGUUGCUUGUAUGGCAACAAUGUUGCUCCAAAAGCUGUAUGUACCUUUCAGCAUUAAUGGUGCCUCCACAGAUGUGGAAGUUGCUCAUGCCUUGGGCACUAAUACACCCCCAUACCAUCACACAUGCUGGCUUUUCAACUUUGCGCCUACAACAGUCCGGAUGUUUCCCUUCGUCUUUGGUUCGGAGGACACAAUGUCCACAUUUUCCAAAAAAUGUUGAAAUGUGGACUCGUCAGGCCACAGAACACUUUUCCACUUUGCAUCAGUCCAUCUUAGAUGAGCUCGGGCUCAGCAAAGCCGGCGGCAUUUCUGGGUGUUGUCGAUAAAUGGCUUUCGCUUUGUAUAGUAGAAUUGUACUUUGCACUUACAGGUGUAACGACAAACUGUAGUUACUGAAAGUGGUUUUCUGAAGUGUUCCUGAGCCAAUGUGGCUAUAUCCUUUACACACUGAUGUUGCUUUUUGAUACAAUAUCGCCUGAGGGAUCCAAGGUCAUGGGCAUUCGCUGUUACGUGCAGUAAUUUCUCCAGAUUCUCUGAACCUUUUGAUGAUAUUAUGGACCGUAGAUGGUGAAAUCCCUAAAUUCCUUGCAAUAGCUCGUUGAGAAAUAUUGCCCUUAAACUGUUAGACAAUUUGCUCACGCAUUUGUUCACAAAGCGGUGACCCUCGCUCCAUCCUUGUUUGUGAAUGACUGAGCAUUUCAUGGAAGCUGCGUUUAUACCCAAUCAUGGCACCCACCUGUUGCCAAUUAGCCUGUUCACCUGUGGGAUUUUCCAAAUAAGUGUUUGUUGAGCGUUCCUCAACUUCCUCAGUAUUUUUUGCCUCUUGUGCCAGCUUGUUUUUUAACAUGUUGCAGGCAUCAAAUUCCAAAUGAGCUAAUACUUGCAAAAAAUAACGUUUUCCAGUUCGAACGUUAAGUAUCUUGUCUUUGCAGUUCAUUUAAUUGAAUAUAGGUUGAAACGGAUUUGCAAAUCAUUGUAUUUCGUUUUAAUUUACACUUUACACAAUGUGCCAACUUCCCUGGUUCAAAAAGGUUUGACUUCAUUAAUCAUUUGUUGAGUCUCUAUAAUCCAUUCGAUUAAUCAUCUUUAUUACUCUCUUUUGUAAUAUGAAUAUUGUUUUGUGAUUGUUUUAUAUGUAUGUCCCACACCUUUAUGCAAUAAGAAAUGUAUUUAAAAAUGUAAAAUCCAAUUUUUGCUACAGUCAGAGCAGAGCAUUAGUUUUAACAUGGUUCAUGUUAAUGAGACAGUCAUAAAUUCUGUUUGCUGGUCAAUGUCACAACCCUCCAGUCUUUUGAGCAAAUGUGAUUUUGUAACAUUUAACAAUGCACAACAAUUAACAUUUUAAGAAAAACUAAGAAUCAACAGAAGAGAGUUUAUUUGCAGUUCUAAUCAUAUUUAGCAUUUUUUUCAAAGUCCUAUUUUUUUAAUCUCUCCUGUGACGACAUUCCUAUUUCAUUCAGAGUCCAUUGCAGUGGAAUAUGUAAAAGAGGCGAUGACGUCUUCUGGCGACUUUUAGGACAGCCAAUAGCUGCUUUCCUUUCUGAGGAGUUGGCAACACUGAUCUUACUAGUUCUCCCGUCCAAAGGCAAAUCCCAGUAACUCAAUUUUGGUCAAAACUGAGCUGAUAACAAUUUUGGAGUUCCUAGGUGAUAUGCUUUACAUUAGUGUAUGCGAUAUUGUAAUUUGUUCCGUAAGUAAGCUGUUACGCGCAUGGCAAGACUUAGCAACUACCACAUAACCGCGUAGAUACAACAGAAAAACCUAGUAUCUCAAGGGACCAAUCGGAGCUUCUUUGUCAGUGGCCUUAUUGUCUUUAAUGAGACAUUUGCACGAAUGGGGGCCGACGGUCAACCUGAUUAUGUUAUAUUAUGGCAUGAGGGGAUAUUUGGAAGAUUGGCCCAGGACGUUGCAAGCACCUUCAUUAAAUGUAUUGUUCUUGAUUCUUCCCCUUGCAUACUCUUUUGGGCCAGAUAACUGUGGAGGUCCAAAUAAAAACUGGACGCUGUACACGGCUCUUGCCCAAUGUGCAAACGCAGAACGGGGCCCACCCGAGAUUGUAAUAAAAUAUCUGGAGAAAGGGCACACACGUUCAUGAGAGCAGAUUCAAUCCAUGGCUCAAUCGGCAAGAAAAUGAAAGCUCAAGAAAACAUCUAUACGUGUGAUGACUUUGUAGAUCUUUGUAAGACAGCAUCAAGAUAGAUUCGAUUUCCUUUGUUUUCUCAAAAUCAGCUAGAAGUGAGUUACUAAGUUUUGCCUUUGGACGGGAGAGUUGUUGUGUUCAAAACACAGACUCUGUUUUUGCUUUCUAACUGGCAGUGUGCGCCCUUUAAGAAAUGAGUAGCCUUGUAAACACUUUAUUGUCAUCUGUUUAGGGUUAAAACUUUUGUAUUCACCGUG